UAUGAGUAGGUGGGUGGCGAUGGUGGCGGUGCUGGUGUUGGCGGGGAGCGUGCGCGGGUGGGACUGUAUAUGCAAUCCGAGGGAGUGCGAGGUACUGGAACCGAGCGGCUGUCCGGGACUCGGGAUAGUCGUGUGGGACCCUUGUAGAUGCUGCAAAGUAUGCGCAAGAACUUUAGGCGAAAACUGCGGCGGGUUCAGCGGGACAUGCGAGCCAGGUCUCAAGUGUUACGAAGGGUCGUGUACGCCGAUCACGUGAACUAAACAUACAAACAUACUGUAUUAUAUGUGUAUAGUGUUGAAUAGGAAACAUAUCGCUGACAAACGAAAAUGAGAGGACCAGCAAUGCGCGAGGACAUCACACCGGGUGACAAUAAUCUGUUUAGCAUCCAGCGAUGCUUAUUGUAAAUGGAACGGUAAUGGUUAUCAUCGACUAGGCCGGGUCGAAACGAAUAUUAAAUACUGCGUUUACUACAAAACAGCGUCCAUUAGGAAAGGGCGUUCAACACGGAAUAGAAGCGAUUCGAUUCAGCUCUAGUCGACGUCAGCCUUAAUUUUCCAUCGAUGAAAUUUCAUUUUCAUAGUCAUAAAGCUGCCACGGCUUGGUUCUGGCAACUAAUCAAAUUAGCGAAUUUUACCAAAUAUAUUUUAUAUAAAAAUUGGAUGUGUCGUCGUUUGUAUCACCUGUACACGCGGAUUACUUUCGAAUAAUGUAACGAUGUUUAUGUAAUGUACAGACUACAGUAUAAUACCGUGUUAAAGUUAGUCUUAUGUCGAAUGAAUGGAAUUAUGUUUACAUUUUAUAACAUAUAUUUGUAUCGUUAUUUAGCAUUUUCCUUUGUGAUUCUAUAAUCUGUAUUUUCAUAACCAAACUGUAUUCGACGUAAUUAACAUUAUAACAGUGUAUAUUUUCGAGUAACAUACGAUCCAAACUCAAUUCCUAAUCAACGACAUUAUUUAAACUAUCAAAAUCAUUGGUAUCAUUUAAAAGAUAUUUUGAAUCAUAAUCAAUACCUUUUAAAAAAAAACAGGAUAACCUCAUUAAUACUGACAGAUUCAUCGACAAUGGCUUUUUUUUUCUCUUUUAUACGAGAACUAGAGUUUUGUUAUUCAAAUUGUAUCAUUAGAAAAUGACGAUUUGUAAAUAUCUUAGCUACAAUAAAACAAUCUGUGUUGGAAAAAUGAUUAUAAUCGGUCGUUUCAUUAAGAGGUUAGAGUUUAUUUUCGAAUAUUGACUUGUAAAAUAAUACAAUGCAUUAAAUAGAUCAUACUCUAACUUUUGUACUUCAAGGAUGCAUACUGCGCCUGAACGCGUAGUGAUGGCAAUUUCAAGCCAAUAGUCCACCGCCAACUAAACAAUAUGAUGUGGCAUAAUUUCCAGUAGACGCACAUGUGUGAAAAACUGGCUCAACUAUGCGAGCUAAUCUAAACUUACUUUUGUAAGCGGUGGACGAUCGGCUUCAUGGUUUUUUUUAGUUUUGUUUAUCUUACACCCAAUUUAAACUUGUAUCUCAGUAUAAAGCUAUCAUAUUCCUCUGUUCUAUCAUAUACCUCCACGCUGAGGAGGCUGUCAUGCCAAUUUCCCUGAGAAACAGUUUCUUUUUCAUACCAUCACUUGGUACUUGUGUACAUUUGUGAAUACAAGCGUAAAACAAAUAGCUAUCAGUAAUUUAAAAAAAAAUGUUUCAUAACCAAUAUAAUCAUUAUUUAUUGUUGAUCAAACCGGAUUUCUUUUAUUCGAAAUCCAGCACUUUUUAUGAAAUCGUGUAUUGUUUUUUUUAAGUAACACUUUUCAGACAGUUUGGAUACUUAAUGAAACUGCUGAUAAAUUAUUUUCUCGCAAUAAAAAUAUCAAAAUACUUUACGCAGUAUAUAUAAGAUAUUAUUUAUUAUUAAGUUUACAUUUAUAUUGCGGUUUGUGAAAAUUAACAUGUAAUUAUGAACUGUUGAAGCAUGAUCUAGUGGAUCGCAUAUGUGAAGAAUGUUGGGCGAAAUUCCAAAUACAUCCAACUGAUUACAAAUUAUAUUUGCAGUUCAUUGCAUUCCAUCAGGCUAUUAUAAACAUUUUUAAUUAUACCAACAUUAUAAAGCCGAAAUGUUUGUUUGAACGCGCUAAUCUCAGGAACUGCUAAGCCGAUGUUUUUUUUUUUUUCACUUAUAGGAAUCUAUAUUACUCGUGAAUGCUUUAGCCUACUUUUUAUUCCGGAAAACAAUAAACCCCAAUAGAACUUAUUCACUCGAUCGAUGCUGCAAGCAAAAGCUAGUAAUUUAUAAGUAUUCUUAUUUAUGUUUACUUCUUCGAUCUCAUUAUUUAACAAAGAGAAAAAAAUAUGAGUGAUUAUUUCAAAUAUUGCAAUUUUGUUUAACGAAUUUAAGUUUAAAAGCUAUAUGUUCUAAUGUCAAAUAUUACCCGUAUUUUAUAACUAACGUUUAUACGAAUAUAUAGUUACAAUUAAAGGGACUGAGAUCUCUAUUCAUUCGCUUGCUACCAGUAGUAUUGCCUACCUAUAUCAUUUAGCCGGAGGGCGUUCUAUAUUAACAGAAUUUACAUUAUAAUUUCCGGAUACGAACCCAUGCGAACAUAUCUUUGUAACGAGCUACAAUCUCUCUUAUCUUUUAUAUCCCGUGACUGUGGCUACGUUUGCCCUAAUUUUAUGAAGAUUGCAAUCAAAUGUCGACAAAAGUGAUAAUUUAUACGAUUUAUCCCUCCAGAAUUAUGUUACCAAUCUUACCAGAUAAACUUCAGAUAGUACAAAAUCCAAGCUGGUAAUAUUCUUUCCCGUAUUUUCUCACUAGCAAUUAUAAUUAUUACUGGGAAGCUAUACAUGAUCAUUUUGACUUUUCGUUAAUAAAUGAAACCAUAUGUUCGCCUUUAUCUCUGCUACCAUUGAGCAGGAAAUCAUCCAAGACUAAAGAAUUUUUUUUAAAUGCAAUUUUAUUUUACAGAUUUUUUUGAUUAUUUUUGUAUUUUAGUGCAAAUAUGCGGUAAGUAAGUGUAUUACUGAUUAAUCGUUUAUGUUAGAAUUAUCUGAAAGUGUAAAUAGGGGUGUUAUGGCGUGCAGAAUUAUUAUUUUUUUGUUUUGUUCUAAACUUAAAGUAUUUUAUAUUACAUUUACGGUUCAAGUAUCUCAUGAUAAAGUAUUAGUUUCAAGAAGAUAAGUAUGUGGUUUCAUUUAGUAACGCAAUAUCAAAAUCGCCUUGUACAUAGCUUUAGCAAAUACUUUCUAUAAGUUUUUAAAGUCUAAACUAGUGAAGUUAAAUCAUUCACGAAGUUCCAGUAUUAAACUAGACCGGAGCUGUAGUAAAACCUUGCGCGUAUUUCGAAUGAUUCAAUUACUGGUUCGUUGCUAACUUGUGACCAAAAUGUAUCGUCAAAUCGAUAACGUGACCAGCUCAGAAUAAUUCGGUAGACGGUUUUAUGAAUAUAUUUAAAUUUCGAACCCCAAUUUUUUUUACGAAUAUGGUUUAUUUAAAAACGUAACACAAGUCGAUCAUUCUUCACAAUCGAUAAAAAAUCUAAAAAAAAAAUAUUGAUUUUUCAAAAAUGUAAUUAAAAUAUAUCUAUCUAUUUCUGUGUGCUUCCAACUUACACGUAGUGAUAAGCUAAUGUUUUAUCGUACGAUAUUGUCUCACGGUUCUGUAAAUAUAAUCUGAUUAGCAUUUUUAAACUUGUAUGUAUAGUAUAGUAACUAUAAUCAUCAGUUGUAUAAUAAUCAGUUGUAGAUAUCUCCGUAUACUUGUAAGUUAUUUAGGGUAAAA